AAUCAUGUUAUGACGUCAUGCAGGCAUUGUGUUUGAGGAAGCGCCAGAGAAACCAACUGCAUCAGAUCCCGAACAUACCUGACUUUAUUUAUUUUAUCAACAUCAUCGAGGAUUUUAAUGUAGCUAGAAUAUACAGUAACAGCGUCUCGGGACGAAAAGUGCAGAAAGCGAGUGCCACGUGUUCGCCACAGGAUGCAGAUCAGCGCUUAUCUCUGCGCUCUCAUCGCCUGUUGUGGAUUAACUCUAUCUGCGCCGACCGCAAACAACAAAUCAAGCAGUGAAGCUCCACCGCUCCUACUAGUGUCCUUCGACGGCUUCCGCGCAGACUAUCUCAACAAAUACUCGUUUCCCAACCUCGAAAAGUUCUUCUCAGAUGGCGUGCUCGUACACGAGCUGACCAAUGUGUUCACCACCAAAACCUUUCCCAAUCAUUACAGUCUGGUCACAGGGCUGUACGCAGAAAGCCACGGGAUGCUGGCCAGUAUCAUGUACGACCCAGUGGCCAAAAAACAUUUCUCCAUUAAAAACGACAGCGACCCUUUCUGGUGGGACGAAGCCACUCCGAUAUGGGUGUCCGUGGAGGAGUCUGGAUAUCAUGCAGCAUCCGCUAUGUGGCCUGGAUCGGAUGUCAAUAUCCAAAACCACACAUUAAAAUACACAUUUAAAUACGACUCUAGGGUUAGCUUCAAAGAAAGACUGGGAAACAUCACGCAGUGGAUGACCACUGAUAAAUCGCUGAAGUUUGCCUCUCUGUAUUGGGAAGAGCCGGAUUUUAGUGGUCACACAUAUGGGCCGGAUAAUACGACAGAGAUGGCCAGGGUUUUGAAAGAGGUGGAUGGACAUGUUGGUUAUUUAAUGGAGGAGCUGGACAGAAUGGAAUUAUGGGGGAAGAUAAACGUCAUCAUCACUAGUGAUCAUGGUAUGGCCCAGUGUUCGGAAGAGCGGAUCAUUAGGCUGGAUGAUUGCGUCAGUCCUAGCAGCUACACACUGGUUGAUCUCACUCCUGUGGCUGCUAUUAUACCACUGGAAGAUAAAACAACUGUGUACAACAACCUGUCCAGCUGUCAUGUUCACUUGAAGGCGUACAUGAAGAAUGAUGUUCCCGAUAGGCUGCACUAUAAAAACAAUGAAAGGAUUCAGCCAAUCAUUUUAGUGGCGGAUGAAGGCUGGACGAUUGUCAAAAAUGGCAGACUUCCACGAUUGGGAGAUCAUGGCUAUGACAACACGCUUCCCAGCAUGCACCCUUUCCUGGCCGCCCAUGGUCCUGCAUUUCGUAAAGGUUAUAAGAUGUCGAGUUUUAACAGCGUGGAUCUUUAUCCACUCAUGUGUCAUCUCAUUGGGAUCCCUCCAAAGGCUAACAAUGGCAGCUUCGCUCACGUUCGCUGUACACUAGUCAACGAGCAGUGCGGAGAGCUAGCGUUAGCAGUGGGCCUCGUCAUGGGGGUUUUAAUAAUCCUGACCACCUUCACUUGUCUAUUCAAGCUGAUGAAGAACAGGAAUGUUUCUUCUCCACGUCCGUUCGCCCGUUUGGAGUUGGACGAUGAUGGUGAUGACGAACCUUUACUUGAAUGAAUCGACUUAUUAGACGCAGGUACGGUUUUUAAUUGUGAGUUUUUUAAAGCACAUGUCAAAUAUUUAAGGGAUAGUUCACACAAACAUUUUAAAAAAGUCAGGAUUUUCUGGUUAAAUGCUAACUUUAUGUUCAGAUGAAUUUUUUUUUAGAUGAUGAAAUGGUGCAGAGCUGACAAUCAUAUUAAAGCUGUAAGGGAGAAAUUGAACCUGUAGAGCCAGUAAAAUACACUGAAUUCAUAAAAGUGAUUGGUCAUUAUUAGUACUGUACCAAAUAAUAUGAUAAAGACAUUAUACACAGGUGUUGAGUUAGAAUACUUUACAUGUCUUGGCUUUAAAAUGUUUAGUGCUUCCUUGUCUUAACUAGGU